AUGUCCGGGGCACCCAAUGCAGACCCUGAAGGAGCAGUCUCCAAAGUAAAAGUGAAAAAGGAGAUCAAGACAAUCGUGGAGAAUCUGGAAAACAUCCUGGGGGAUCUGAAGGAUGUAGCCAAAGAACUCAAAGAGGUUGUUCACGAGAUUGACACGCUGACCGGUGAUCUGCAGCUGGAGGAGGACGGACUGACGGACAGCUCCAAGACCGACACGCUCAACUCCAGCUCCAGCUCCACCACCACCACCGCCUCCAGUCUGGAGAAGAUCAAACUGUUCCCAGAGGAUUGCAUUUUCAAACUCACCGCACCCGCAACUCCUGUCGCCAUGAAUCCAUCCACAGUUUUAACAGUUCUGAAGAAGGCCCACCCACCUCUACCUCCUCCCAGACUGACGCCAUCGCGAGCGGAGGAGCACAACGCCAAAAACAUGCCUCAUCCCACUUUGAUUUUAUCAGGGAAUUUGACUAAGCCCAAUGGGUCUGUUUUGCGAAAUGGCGUUUUGACAUCCAAAUCGAAUCGGGAUGUGUUUUCCUCUACACCUCGCUUCAUUUCAGGAGAUAGCGGGAUUUCGGAAACUGGGCUCGUCCCGACUUUACCGAGACCUAUGCCUUUGCUCAGACACGAAAAAAGCAAGUGCCCCAAAGCUCCGGGAAGAGAAUCUCGAGAGCGGGUGCGAUUUAGUGAAAAAGUUCAGUACCACGGAUAUUGCCCCGACUGCGAUCUCCAAUACGACGUAGACGAAACUGAACUACAUUUGCAAUCCGAGCUGAAUGAUCUGAGACUCAGCCCUGUCCACUGCUGCACUUCUUCAUCACCUCCUCAUCCUCACCUCCAAAUGCUAGAAAAUGGCUCCCUUCCAAUCAGUCAUAGUUUUCCCCCAACGACGAACGCUACUUUAUCGCAAAAACCCCAAAAGACAAUCCUACGUAAAUCGACCACUACCACGGUUUGA